AUGUGCGGGCGGAUAUAUACCAGCAGCUUUGGAGCAGACAUGACCAGCAUGAACGGCCGUGAAGACGUAGAUAUUAGAAGAGUACGUGCUGGUGGAUUUCAGUGUGAAAUGAAGGACGAGAAUGGCGAAUUAGCUAACAUGCACAAUAAGAAAAUAGAUAACAUGGGAAAAGUACAUAUGUUUCAGAGCUAUGCUGUCAUCGAUUCUGUUUUCCCUACAUCUGGCAGCUUAGAGGGUGGUACCGUGCUGACCAUAUCAGGAAACCAUUUUGACAACUCUGUAGAAGACCCUAUAGUCUAUAUAGACGGAAACCGGGGGCUUCUGAUGGAGGUGUGGAAUAUAUACAAGUCACAAGCAAACCUUAAAGAUGUACUCAAGUUUAACAGUUCUACAAGCGGGCACAUCGCAAGGUGGACAGACGAUUUCUUCACCGAGAACGUUUUCACUGAAAUGGAUUUAUUUACUGGUAGAUUUCAGGGUUAUUUCUUACCGCCCUGGGAAAGUGAUUAUCAGUUUCUGUUGAAAUGUGAUGACGGUAGUGAGCUAUAUAUGGAAAUAGACGGAAAUAUGACAAUGAUUGCCGAAUGUCCAAAGUAUACAAGAUACUACACUUCCAACCCUUCCCAGAUAUCAAGUCGGAUGCAUUUACUGCCAAACACCAGUUACUACAUGGAACUGGUAUAUCGGGAAGCAUGGUCAUCAUAUUUCGCGAAAGUGGCAGCAAGGGUAUUUAAUCCACUAUUAAAUGGAACAACGGGAGAAAAUGUGGACGGAGUACAUCGUGAGCAACGAAGCAUUAAGAUGGUAUCCACCUUUAAGAAGGAAAGACAACUCAUUCAGCUUUCUAACUGGGUGGACCAAACAGGAAAAGACGAAAUUCAGAAAAUUACCGUGAAAGGGACAUUCGGCAGUGGUUUUCGGUUGGGAAUGUACUCCAUAUUUACCAGAAAGCUACUAUUUGCGUGCAGUCCGGAAGAUAUGGAGAAGGAACUAAACUUUAAUCCAGUUUUUUCACAGGGUGAUUCAAUUUCAGUUACUAGAAGUGAGGUAAAUGGAACAUAUGAAUACAUCGUAACCUUCAAGUCAGACAGAGGUGAUUUUCCAACUCUUGAAACGAAAAGCAUGUCUGAAGGAAUCGAGGUAACUGCUACCGACGUACAGAAUGGGGUCUCGAACGGCAAAAGCGUAGCGUUUUUCAUGGGGAAUAUUCCAGUGCCAUUGGUGAAACGAGAUGCAACCGGUCCGCAGAUGCAGUCAGCCCUCAACAAAAUGGCAUCGUCACAAUGUCCGACAUACUUUAAUCCAAAGCGAUACAUCAUCUUCCAUGACUUUGAAGAUGAAGACUCACUGCCCAGAACAUUUGAUAAAGAAUGGACUAACAAGAUUGAAGCUUUCUGUGGUAACGGAGUUUUAAAGAAUCCCAAUAUGCUUCACAACCACGUUUACUCACAGGAAGUGAAUGCGUAUCGAUACCAAAUUUUAUGUCUGGCAUAUAGAGGUGAUAUAGAACACAGACUAGUGAUGUAUAUUAGGCGAUACUACAAUGAUGGCAAAGAUGGCAGUGCAUGGGUAACAUUGGACAACUUCUUCACGCCAUCAGAAAGAUGGACGUACAAAUGUAUUAACUUGUAUGAUGCUGUGAUGCGUUUGCAACCGGCGACCGUUGAUAAAGUGAAUAUUCGAAACAUGUAUAUAUACAAAGGCGUUAAUGAUAUGUAUGUGGAUAAUUUGUAUAUUGGAGAGGAAGAAACCACAUCAGACUACGAAAAUGCAUACGAGUUGCGUAUUCCGAAUGGAUAUGGAUUUGUUCAUGUGGAUGCUAAAGCUUAUCCGAAUGGUUCAUAUGACGCCAACUUCACUGUUGCUAAUGGCGAAUACGGCUUCCCAUUGCUGACAACACAAGAAGGCCAGCGACCUACAGGGGCUGUUGCGACAAUUACGAGACUUGAGUAUGCAUCUCCACCAAUCAACGGAACUUUCGAUAUCACACAAUCGGGAACGACAAUCACAGGUAUACCUGUCACCAGUAGCAACGCAGAUUUGGAGUCCAGAUUUGAGGAAUUAGAUUUAAAAACGACCAUCACACGGACGGAUACCAUUCCUUUGUUUGAUUUUGAAAUAUUCGUGGAAUAUUCUACAUACAAUGGAGACCUAGAACCAGAAAUGCAGAUCGGACCAGCAAACACGACACUUACACUCACUGGGACAGGUUUCAGCGCUGACUCCGGGAACAGUGUCACCAUAGGAGGAGUGGAAUGUGUUGUUACCAUGUCAAACGCCACAUUUAUCUCCUGUAAAACGGGGAUAGGUCCGAACGGAGAGCACAAAGUAAAUGUACAUGUUGCCGGGUCCGGUAAUGCCAAGCAUAACGACUCAGUCCAAACGUAUACUUACAAUACACGAAUUCUCAGCAUAAGUCCUGUUUCUACAGGUCUCGGAGGAGGAGUACCCAUAACUAUUCAGGGAUAUGGCUUUAGCGGUACCGUGGUGCCAUCAGUCGACUCAAAGGAGUGUAAAGUCAUAUCAGUGUCUUAUGCAGAUUUGGUUUGUGCCAUCCCAUCUAGGGUUUCAGGUGGCACUGUUGACGUUGCUGUCGAGUACGUUUUCCAGAAUGUCACUGCUGUGGACAGUCUUAACGACAGUUUUACCUAUAAUGAGUCUCUGACUCCACGAGUAACAGAUAUAACUCCUACUGUGACGGGUGUCGGGGGAGGAGAGGUUUUGGUUAUCAAUGGUACUGGAUUCGGAGAACAGAAUGAGGGCAUGUUGAUGCUUGGCGAUACACAGCUAAACAUCCUUAACUACACCGAUACUCAAGUGAUCGCAGAGUUACCUCCCUGUGCUGCAGGAAGUCACUCGGUCAAGCUAAUCGCCGGAGGGGAAGGCUAUGCCCUGGAUUCAAACAACAACAUACCCAACAUUACAUGUGAACUGCGCGUAGAUAAAAUGUUUCCAAUGAGUGGCUCAGUUCACGGCGGAAGUAUCAUCACUUUAAUUGGUGCUGGGUUCUCCGAGGACGUCAACGUCAAGGUUGGAGAUCACGAAUGUGACAUAAAAACGGUUUCAGAAAACCGAAUUAUUUGUCAAAUAGAACAUACCCAAAAGGUGAUUCGUGUAACUACGAAUAAAGACUACCGACCAGACAAAAGUCAUUCGAAAGCCUGGGUCAAUGAUAAAGUUCUAUUUAUUUGGGACUUCGCUGGCUUUCCAAACAUGCAGAUUCAGAUCAUUGAAACGUCAGACAUGCAGUCCAGAACGCCUAGUGGAUUUGACUGUGGCCCGGCUGUAGGGACAGGUACAUGCAUGGUACAAUUAAACAAACCUGGACGUGUUUAUUACUGGUCAUCCUGCAUUGACAAAGACUGCCAAUACCAGUAUCACGAUUUUAUUGAUGUUUAUGACCUCGUCUCUUCAGCAGUAAAACUUAAAGUGGAUUUAAAUGGCAUAGAGGCUUCCUAUAACACCGAGUCUGGAGUGACCGACCCUGCAGAUUCCAGUGCUUGUCCGGCUACAACCGCCAGUAUUAUCGGCUGUCAGGGCGAUGAUCCCACAGGAACAGACGCCUCCUAUUUCUAUUUCUCUUUUCGGACUUGCAUGACGUCUUCUGUUGAUUCGAUAGACAAAAACAACGGAACAUCAAGAACUGAAGUGACAAUAACCGGAACGGGAUUUUCCACAGUUAACUGUCAGAAUGAAAUCAGGUUCGGCGACUAUACAUGUACACCAAAAUCAAGUUCCAGAACCAGUGUCACGUGCGUGACAGAUAUAUCGAAUACCCCGGAUGUAGGACGUCCUGGAAUCAUAAACACUCGCGUUCAUAAUUUAGGAUACGCUACAAAUAAAGCCGAGUUAACUUUUGUCCUGUUACCACUUUUAAGUUCGAUAACGCCGACCAGAGGAUCAUUGGGAGGGAGCACAAUCAUUGAUAUUUCUGGUACUGGAUUUGUUAAUGGAAUCGACAAGAGUUGUAAAGAUUACAUCACAGUUACGUUUGGAGGAUACGAAUGCGAGGUUACCAAUUGUUCCUAUACUUCACUUACAUGUAUCAACCCACCGUCUUUUACCGCGAAAGAAGUAACCGUUGUUGUCGCUAUAGGCCAGGGAAACACGAAAGUACCUGCUACCUGUGAAUCCUCUUGCAAAUUUACCUAUUCUGAAGAUGCUACGCCAACUAUUACAGGUGUAAUGCCUGUUUCUGUAUCUGGAAACACGACUCUUUAUCUCAACGGAACUCUAUUUGGCACAAAUCAAGAGUCUGUUUCUGUAUUCCUGUCCUCUAAUGCUGUAUCGGAAACAUAUGCAUGCAGCCUGCAGUCAGCACCAACGGAUACAGAAAUUCAGUGUAAUGUUGGUCCUCUUCCAGUUGGGGUGAAUAACAUAAAUGUUCACGUCGCGGGAAGAGGGGAUGCUACUGGACACGCCCAUGUAACCAGUACGGACACGGUAUCAGAUAUUUCGCCCAACUCUGGAGGCGUAAACGGUGGGACUCUGUUAACCAUAACAGGCAAUGGAUUUCUAUCGGACACGACAGUUAAACUUAACAAUAAGUUAUGUAUGGUUUCGUUCGUCAACCUUUCUACUGUCGUAUGUUCCACGCCAGCCAAUGACGAAAAAUCAUUUAAGGUCGUUGUGAAAUCCAAUAAGAUAACGUUUCCCAAACUGUCAUUUUACUACAACCAGAGCGCCACACCGAAUAUAAGCGCUGUUACACCUUCUACCGGAACACAUGGCACAGCCAUAACGAUCAAAGGCACUAAUUUUGGCUCUCAGAACAGUCUUAACGACGUCUUCAUAGAAAACUCGCGAUGCAAUGUGACGUCUUCUUCAGAGGUUCAAAUUGAAUGCAUUGCAGGAAGUAUGUCAGCAGGGACAUAUAACCUUGUAGUAUAUGUAGCCGAAAUUGGAAAAUCUAACGAGGACAUGGAGUUUACUUUCGAAAUAACAGCUAAAAGCAUAUCUCCAAGUACAGGACAGUCCGCCAUUCUUUGCAGCGUGGAAGUAGUUUCAAUGAAGUCCUUUGCACAGAUAGUAGAUGCCUACACAUAUAGCCCCAACGUCACCCCUGUGGUAACAAAUGUGUCUCCUAAUCGUGGUGGUACUGCAGGGGGUACCACGUUGACCAUUGGUGGAACGAACUUUGGAACAAGACAAGAUGGCCCGUGUCCCUCUACUGUGUCUAUUGAUGGAUCCAUGUGUAAUAUCACUUCCUGGUCUGACAAGGAGAUAAAGUGUGUAACGGAAAGCCACCAAGGGACUAUAAAGGCUUCAGUUAAAGUUGUACCAGCAUGUGAAGGACAGGCAAAACAGGUCAAUGCAGAGUUUGAAUAUGUCGAUCUGUGGUCAUCCGUAUUUACCUGGGGUGGCAAGAGUCUCCCAGAUUAUGAAGACUUUGUCAUUAUAACACGUGGUCAGACUGUAGUACUAGACACCAUUACACCAAAGCUGAAGAUACUUUUAAUACAGGUCGUGGUUAUUAUUCGUAUUUCAAAAGGUGGGGCAUUGAUUUUUGAUGAGAAAGACGUCGAGUUACACGCUGAAAACAUCCUUGUUACCGAUAAUGGCCUCUUUCAAAUUGGAACUGAGGAGAGACCAUUUCAGCACCAUGCGAGUAUAAUUAUGUAUGGAAAUGUAAACAGUCCUGAAUUACCAUUAUAUGGGACCAAGAUGCUAGCUAUCAGGGAUUCAAAACUGGAUAUGCACGGUCAACCGCGUACAACAAAGACUCAGUUAUCUUCGACAGCAGAAGCAGGACAGUCUAUUUUAGAGGUACUUGGAACAGUUGACUGGACGGCAGGUGAUCGAAUAGUUAUUUCCUCAACUGGAAAUCAUAAAUCCCAUGAUCAAAAUGAAAUGCGUAUAAUUGAAAAUGUAACUUUUACAAACAAGAAUGAUAGUAUUGUAACUUUGACGAAUCCUUUGGCCUACACACAUCUUGGCGUAACCGAGUUGCACGCAGGGAAACUUAUUCAAUUAAGAGCAGAUGUUGGGCUCCUGUCCCGCAAUAUCAUCUUCAAAGGUGUACAGGAUCCUCGGAAGCCACAGGAGAAAAUACCUUGCCCGGAUGGACAGGUUGUAGGGGAAUUUGAAGUUCAAACGUGUUCAACAGGACGUUUACAAAAUCAGGAAGACCAAUUUGGAGCACAGAUAAUCAUACACAAAUCAUUGGACUCUACACAGUCAAUAUGUAAAAUAGAAUAUGUAGAAUUAACGCAUGUCGGUCAAGCAUUUCGUCUUGGUCGUUAUCCGAUACAUUUUCAUUUGCUGAAGGAGGAUGCAGACAAGUCGUAUGUCAAAGGAGUAGGUAUACAUGGGUCCUUCAACAGAGCAGUAAAUAUUCAUGACACACACAAUACGUUGAUAGAUAACAACGUUGUAUACAACAUCAUGGGAGGUGCGUUCUUUUUAGAGGAUGGCAUAGAAACGGGAAAUAUAUUACAGAACAAUUUAGCCAUCUUUGUUAAAUCUAGUUCGAGUUUGCUAAAUGAUGAUGUUACUCCUGCAGCAUAUUGGUUGACUAAUCCGAACAACACCGUACAACAUAACAUUGCAGCAGGAGGAACGCACUUUGGUUUUUGGUAUCGCAUGCAUGAACAUCCAGAUGGGCCUUCUUUCACCGAAAAAGUAUGUCCCCAAAGCGCUGUCUUAGGCAGAUUCUUUGGAAAUACAGUACAUUCACAUGGCCAAUUCGGCGUUUGGAUAUUCCCUACAUACACACCACGGGCAGGGCAUUGUUCGAAAGAUCCAUCAAUGGCAAUACCAGCAAUCUUUGAAAACACACUUGCAUGGAGAUGCUUGAAAGGUUUCGAGUCGGUCAAUAGUGGUUUGAUUCGUCUUGAAAACUUUACAGCAUACGAUUGUGCUAAUGGUUUUAUUGAAUUCAAGAUUGUAAUGGAAAGUCGUCCUGGUAUAAACAAUGUCUUAAUUAUAGAACCUGGUAACGGAAAAGGCGACGGGAUAAUAUUGCCUUUCGGAUAUCCAUUUUUUGUCUCAGAUGCUACGUUUGUUAACUUCAAUAAUGGAGCAGAAUUUGCAUUGACGACCGUUCCUGGAGUUUGUGUGGAACCAUGUGGUGGCUUCAAUUAUCAUAUAUCAAACAUAACACAUGCAAAUUCUUCAAAUAUCUUUCGGGCUGGUUCAAAGUGGCAGUAUCUGAUAAAUGCUGACAAAAGCAUUUGUGGAACAGAGGAUUGUACAGUAUUGCCAACAGUAGGCACUCUACCUCGAAAUUGUUCAUCAUUUGGAAAGUCCAUCGGAAUCAACGUCUCAUCUUGUCCCGCUGAAAUCGAGUUUGUUCGCUUUGGGUUCAACGAACUACUACCUGCUAAUGAUUUAUUCAAAACAUUUAUCGUAACGACAAAUGGUCAGUCAGAAGAGAUUCCAUAUCAGUUCAAAGGUUUUACCCACCCACGUGGCCAUAAGGCUAAUUUGAUCGUAAACGAAACGUCAGUUUUGGAUGCAGAUAAUUCACCUAAGUUGACAAACCUGAGUUUUUCUGGUUUGAUCUCUAACAUUAAGCCUUACGAAUACCUUAACAUAGCAUUUCGUAUGACGAAGAAACCAAACAUAGUCAAAAUAAAUGGCGUCGUGUUCAAUAGCACUGUCAACGAUGUGGAGCCGAGCCCGCAGAAUAACUAUUUCGGAGAUUGGAUGUUUGACAAUGAAACCAGUCUUCUCAUUAUUUUCAUUUCCUACAAUGAAAACAACGAAACUGUAAUGGAUGGUCCAAAGGAUUUACUGUUCAACUUAGAGGUGAUACAUUGCUAUUUUCUUGACUGUGUGGAUCCUGCGUCUGUGGACACUGGCGAGCUACUUACUUCCAGACCGGACGAGUAUUUACUAUGGUCCGCUAAUACAACUUGGCAAGAUGGAAAGUUCCCUAGUGAAAAUGAUAAUGUAACCGUAGCUGAUUGGAUGGUGGUAGAUGUGACGACGCUGACACUCCAUACACUUGUUAUAACGGGAACAUUGGAAUUAGAUCAAGGACCAGAGAAAGGCCCUUACCGCAGUAUUACCAUGAAUGUAACUGACAUAAUUAUCAUCGGUGGUAGACUAAUCAUCGGCUGGCCAGAUAAACCUUUUCUCGGAAAUGCUGACAUAAUAUUGAGAGGAUAUCAUCUUAGUGACGACGAAAUUGACACUUUUCUUCCUGGGUCAAAUAUAGCAGUCAAUCGUAAAACAAUUGCGGUAUAUGGUGUAUUGGAUCUGCACGGGAAAGAUGUUGGGAAAUCGUGGACAACAAUUAGUAAGACAGCACUUCCAAAUGAUACGUCACUCACAUUAAGCGAACCAGUGCCAUGGAAAGUAGGUGACACAAUAUUAUUGGCGCCAACUGCAUAUGACCCAUUCGAAUUUGAGGUAUUCAACAUUACUUCUAUUUCCAAUGAUAACCAGACGCUCACUCUAAAUGGCUCAGUAGCAUAUCAACAUAUAGCCGUUACAAAACACGUCAACGGAAGAAACCUCACCAUGGCUGCGGAGGUUGGUUUAGUAACAAGGAACAUCAAAAUUAUCGGAGAAGAGGCUCCUGAUCAUUUUGGAGGUCGGGUGCUAAUCAGCGAAGCUUCAGUAAAUAAUACGCUUUAUAAGGGUUCUGGUCGAAUCAGCAACAUUGAGUUCGUCCGUACUGGCCAGGAAGGUUUCACGUCCAAAUCGGAUCCAAGAUUUUCGGUGGCGUUUGUGUAUGCUGAUAACGUGACAGCAAAGAUUCCUUCCUUUGUCGACAAAUGCUCCUUCUACUAUGGAAUGGCUCCAGGAAUAGGAGUGUUCGCCUCAGACUAUGUAACCGUCAGCAAUAACGUCAUUCAUCAUUGUGUUGGGAGUUGUAUUAUAUCAGAUUCGAGAUACACAAGACUUACACGUAACCUGAUUUUACUUCAUUUGUGGGAAGGCACUUUUGACGGUAGAUACGAAGUUGGUAACUCCAAUUUUGGUGCAGGUUGUGAUACAACUAAGGCACAUUUGCCAGUUGUUGAAGGUAACCACGUAGCUGGCUCACAGCGUAUAGCAUUCAGAGGUUUGAAAGCACCAGAAGAGAAAAACGUUUCAGUAAACGUGGCACACACUUCAUUAUUGGGAUUUGGCAUUUUCCCAAAUGAUCCUUUACAACAAAGAAGAUCACAAACAGGCGCUGUUGAAAUUUCAAACUACUUUUUUUGGAAAAUCCGAUACACUGGACUAUAUUAUCAACAUUUCUCUUCCGUGUCUGUACAGGAUGUUAUAACGGUAGACAGUCGAAAUGGAAUGUAUCUUGCGGUUUUGGGUCCGCCUUCUGUCGCACACGAGUAUGAACCAAAAUUCGCCAGUAUAACAGAUUGCCUUUUUGUAGGAAGAAUGAACACUUCCGACUGUGAUGAAGAUGUCUUCAAGAGAAAUCCCAACAUAGAACUGGCUGAGGACCUAGCGGCUCCUAGGAAAACUGAUACGCGCACCGCCUUGUCUUUCCCUUCAUUCCCAAGCGACCACAAUCAUGCUCCGUUCAAACCUAUUUAUGGGCUAAUGUCAUAUCCUGCUAUUAUGGGACUCACCAAAAUAAAUAGUGUAUUUUUUAUUAAUUAUACGUCAACCUGUGGUAGAGACGAUUUUGCCAUAAUGAGUGACUUUAACAAUGAAGACCUACAACAUCCCAUAGAGAUGUCGAACAUCACACAUCAAAAUACUAACCUGGUAUUCUUCUACAGAAGCAGUAUCGCUAAAAUCAACGAUGGUGAUUGUGUUGACAUGGAUUGUGACGGAAAGAAGAAAAAUUUGAUAAAGGAUUUAGACGGAUCGUUCUUGGGAAGUCCAGGUGCAAUUAUUUCACAGUCGGAAUAUGAAUGGAAUGCCAAUACAAAGAGAAAUAUUGGUGAUAAUAGGAUACCUGCUUCGAUGUUAGUUGAUCAGAACGGAAAUCCUAUAGCCGUGAAUGACAUUGCACCAUAUAAAGGCAUCAUACGAAACCAGCAGUGUCAAUACCGAGAGUUGUGGCAAGCAUACGAAUGUCAUGGCUUGGACUAUGAAAUGUUGAUAAUAGAAAGUAUGGAUCCCGACACUGAGACCCGACGUUUGUCGCCCGUGGCUAUUCUUGGAGACGGCUACCUUGACCUUAUCAACGGUCCCCAGGAUCACGGUUGGUGUAGUGGAUACACAUGCCGAAAACGUCUCUCCACAUUCGCAUCAAUUGUUGCAAAAGCUAAAUACUACGAUGUUUACUUCACAAGCACAAGUCCACAGUCCCUGCGGUUGUUUUUGCUAAAUGCGGAUGACAGCCAUGCUGUAAUGCUGGGUAUUCAUUAUUCCAAACCAUACCGACGGGAUGUGUUCCAUAAUGGACGUCAUAUUCUAUCGAAUGAUGGGGAAUAUGAUGAGAAAGGGGAUUAUAAAAUCAAACCAGAGGCAACACCUGGAGAGUUUGUCCCCGACCCAACUUCCAAUGCUAUAUCCGGGACGAAUUACAUGGAUAGAGAUGCAAAAAAUCUGUAUGUAUUAGUGAGAGGGAGUCAACCUGUUUUGAUUAUCACACCGCCGUUAGUUUUUGUCUCUUUUGACUUGCCUGCUAUCACCGAAGAUGAGUUUUUUGGCGACGGCUUGAUCAGUAACUUGGCUUUGUUCCUUGGUAUUCCUGCCAACAAAAUCAGAAUUGUCGAUGUAGUAAGAGAAGACAGCUCUAGGAAGAAGCGUGCUUCCACUAGCACAGUGAAUAUAGAGAUAUCGGACCCACCUUCAGCCAAUGCUCCCUCGAUAAAUUCAAGUCUCAAUGGAUCGUUGUCAUUUGAAGAUAACAAUGAAACGUUGUCAUUUGAAUAUUUAAAAAAUAUUUCAAAGAAGCUGGUGGAUGAGGUACAGUUGGGUAAUAUCAGUAAAGUUCUGAACACAAGUGUUACCAAUGUGGCACUGGUACAACCUCUGCCGGACCCCAGUAGUGACGAUUGGUCAGUUCAGGCUAAUUAUUCCGACACAUCCAAAGAACCUAUGCCACUGAUAAGAGUUGAUGCUUUCUUUAUACAUACUCAACCAGAACCGAACAUCGAGACGCAUCCGUUUCAAUCUCAGCCAAAGAUACAAGUCCUGGAUGAACAGGGUAGUGCUAUAACACAACUCGGAAUCGAUGAUCAAACAUGGAGCGUGACAGCCUAUCUCCGAGAGUACACCACUAAAUCUGCGCCUAAAGGGGAACUAUCUUAUAACUCCAACGCUCAACUACAAGGCACAACCACUGUCUUUUUUGUUGAUGGAUGGGCUAAUUUCACAGAUCUGGUUAUAUCUCAGUCAGGAACCAAUUUUGCAAUCGACUUUAAUCUGACCACCCCUGUUACUGAUCGACAAUUGCAUGUGGCUUCGCAGAUGCUGACAGUCCUUUCCCGACAUAUCAAGCCGGUAGUAUCGAUUCUAUCCUCAUCUAUUGUUGAAAACACCACAACAGAAAUUAGAGUAGAAUUGUUUGAUAAUUCAACUGAUAUGCUGAUCACCGAUGUAUUUUGGAGAGGUCAUUCGUGGACAGCAACAGUUGAACUUGACAAUAAAGCGGAUCCAUUAGGAUCAAUGGAUGGAACUACUCAAGUGAUGUUCGAUCAAGUAAACAGCAGGGCUCUUUUUGAACUGAAUUUUACCAGUUACGGAGUUUAUUUUCUCAAUUUCAAUAUCACCUCUUCCCCAGAAGAGUACACAUUUAAUGAACAGGUUUCUGUUACUGUCAACUCUUCCGUACCAGCUGACACGUCAUCUAGUACAGUGAUGGAAGCAAAGUUUGAUGUUAAUUAUAAUGACGUCAUUAAAGAUGGAGUGACUGCAGAACUCUUUGGAACCGCUGUUAUUAACAAAUAUGCGAGGGAAAACCCUGGAAUACGCUGCGAACUAGGAAGCGUCAAAAACGGGAGUAUCAUUGUCACCUUUACCGUGACCGGUAGCUCCUCCGCCGUAAACUCUACACUAGAGUCAGCAUGUGCCAAUACUACAAGCAUUGUUUUCAAUGGAGCGACUAUACCCUUGGCAGGAACUCCUACGUUCGAUGGAAGCUCCUGUAGCGCUCUUCUGGCUACAACAACACAAUCGACAACAACAUCCACAACUCCAACUACCACCACAACUCCAACUACAACUACCACAACAACUCCAACUACAACCACAACUCCAACUACUACUACCACAACAACUCCAACUACAACCACAACUCCAACUACAACUACCACAACAACUCCAACUACAACUCCAACUACAACUUCCACCACUGCUCCAACUACAACUACCACAACAACUCCAACUACAACUCCAACUACAACUUCCACCACUGCUCCAACGACAACUACCACCACAACUCCAAUUACAACCACCACUCCAACUACCGCUCAAACUUCUACAACGACGUCCACAGCUACAACAGCCUCAACAUCAGCAUCAUCGCCGGUAACCGUGACUGAUGAAACAAUGGAAUCAAGAGAGGGAAUGUCGCCAGGGAUCUUAGCUGUCAUCGUAUCAGCUGUACUUGUGAUUCCUUUGGCGGCGAUAAUAGUUCUGUUGUUCAAAUGUAACAAAGCUCGAGCAGGGAGGACAGGACACGCGGGGUCCAAAAAUCACCGGAGGAGUGUUAAUAACAUAUACACAGAUAAAUGGGGUAAUUUGAAGGAGGACACUUACACCUAUAUAUCCGGACCGCCCACUGAGAAAGCACAGAGUACGAUCCAUUCUUCAAGGAGUAGUACUCCUACAAUCUAUGUUCAGCGUUCUCCAAUGCUGGACACCCGCCGAAUCUACACUGAACCGAUGGCAGGGUCAGUUACAUCCUAUCAACAGCCAGACUCCCGAAAACCCGUCGUUCUUGGUGUCUCUAAUGCUGGGUAUCAAUCGGAUUUCGAUGGUCGCAAAAAUCUUCAAACCCCAUCAUCAAGAAGUGGUAGGGAUUCGCCAGCCUAUUACAAGGGGAACGGCAAGUGGCAUUAA